UUUUUUUUUCUCUUUCACUCUCCUUUCAUUAUUACACACAAACUGUUUUUGAAAAUAAAAUAUAAUUACACUUUACAUUAUCAAACCAUGUUCAAACUGCUUCUCGCGACACUCGUCGCCAUCUCGGUGCUUUCUACACAUGCACAGGCCCUUUGUGUCUCAAGUCCUCGUGGCUGUCCUAGAGGGUCCCGCUCACAGCUCGAUCGCCAGGUCUGUGUCCAAGACGGCUAUGCUUACACUCAACCUUUUCACUGUAUAGAAACAAACCACCUCAACGACUUCUUUGGCCAAGACCAAGACCAAGACCAAGACCAAGACCCCAGUGCUGAAGUUAACAUUAAAAGCAGAGUCAUCAAAAAUGCUGGUUACUGUGUCAAACGUUGUGACGAGUGCGGAGAUGAUACUCGAUGCGAUUUUGUGAAAAAUGCUUGCGGCCUAGGCCCCAAGUACAAUUACAUCUGCACGUUCAUCCCUAAACAAGGAACGUAUCGAAUUGUAACCAAUAAUAGCCACUGCGUCCGCUUCUGUGAUGAGUGUCCUGCUGGAACACGCUGUGUCCAGGGCGAAGAUAUGUGCCGCGACCUUAGCUAUCCGUCCAGCUACGGUCUUUAUUGUUCUCAUGAUGUUUAAACAUCUGUCAAUAGCACUAAAAAAAUAAAAAUAAAAAUAAAAAGGCAUGUAUUUGUUUUCCUUGCCCACGAACUUGAGCUGUAAGAAAUGAAUAAAGAAAUAAUGGG